AUGGCGUCCGGACGCAAAGAUUUUCUUAGCCAGCAGGCACCGGAGAACUAUGUCGCCGGUCUGGGUCGUGGUGCGACAGGUUUCACCACGCGCUCUGACUUAGGACCUGCGCGCGAAGGCCCGACACCCGAACAGAUCCAGGCUGCUCUGACGAAACGAGCUCAGCUUUUAGGAGCUGCUGCACCCACUGCAUAUGGCAAUCAAUCACGCGAAAAGGGAGGAAAGGAUGACAAAGAAGAGGAGGAAGAUGAACGUUUCCAGGAUCCCGAAAACGAUACCGGUCUGUUUGCCUACGGACAAUUUGACCAGGAAGACGACGAGGCAGAUCGCAUCUAUCAAGAAGUAGAUGAGAAAAUGGACAGACGUCGGAGAAUUCGAAGGUUAGUUGCAUUCCCCAUGCCCUUUUUACAAGAAACAUCUUGUUCAUCGGGCCAAGCCCCGGUUGUUUGGAUAGAUUACCGACUUGAAUCGUUCGCCACCUACAGGGAAGCUCGAGAGCAACAAGAACGCGAAGACUACGAACGAAAGAACCCUAAAAUUCAGCAACAGUUUGCCGACCUGAAGCGAUCGCUUGCUGCAGUUUCCGAAGAGGACUGGUCCAAUCUGCCCGAGGUUGGUGAUCUGACGGGCAAGAACCGACGAGCCAAACAGAACCUACGACAGCGGUUCUACGCCGUUCCUGAUAGUGUCAUCGCAGGCGCUCGGGACUCAGCGCAAUUCGAUACGACGAUUGCCGAAGACGGCGCGCAACCCGGCACUGAGGACAGCGGGGACGGGACUAUGACGAAUUUCGCAGACAUCGGCGCUGCGCGUGAUAAGGUCUUGAAAGUGAGACUGGAUCAGGCUGCACUUGGAUCUACCGCCGAAAGUUCUGGAAGUGCGACCAGUAUCGACCCCAAGGGCUAUCUUACCAGCCUGACUCAGUCAGAAAUGAAAUCUGGAGAGCUUGAGGUUGGCGAUAUCAAGCGAGUGCGUGUACUACUGGAAUCUGUCACCAAGACGAAUCCCAAGCAUGCCCCUGGAUGGAUUGCGCUUGCGCGUCUCGAGGAGCUUGCAGGCCGGAUUGUUGCGGCCAGGAAUAUUAUCGCAAAGGGUUGUGAGCUUUGUCCGAAGAGCGAAGACGCUUGGCUGGAAAACAUUCGAAUCAAUGAAGGACACAAUGCCAAGGUCAUUGCAGCAAACGCCAUUAAGAACAACGACCAUUCUACUAAGUUGUGGACUGAGGCCAUGAAACUUGAAACAGAUACCCGGGCCAAGAAGAAUGUGCUGAGACAAGCUAUUCUUCACAUUCCCCAGUCAGUUCAGAUCUGGAAAGAGGCUGUCAACCUGGAGGAAGAUCCUGCGGAUGCACGGCUUCUUUUAGCCAAGGCCGUGGAAAUGAUUCCGCUGUCAGUGGAGUUAUGGCUGGCUCUUGCUCGACUCGAGACGCCAGAAAAUGCGCAGAAGGUUUUGAAUGCGGCUCGUAAGGCUGUUCCCACAAGUCACGAGAUUUGGAUUGCAGCAGCUCGUCUUCAAGAACAAAUGGGCACUUUCGAGAAGGUCAAUGUUAUGAAGCGUGCCAUUCAAUCUCUUGCUCGCGAGAACGCAAUGUUGAAGCGAGAGGAAUGGAUCGCAGAGGCUGAGCGCUGUGAAGAAGAAGGUGCCAUCCUUACCUGUGGCGCCAUUAUCCUCGAGACUCUUGGAUGGGGUCUGGACGAAGAUGAUGACCGAAAGGACAUCUGGAUGGACGAUGCGAAGUCUAGCAUUGCGCGCGGCAAGUAUGAAACAGCGCGGGCUAUUUACGCAUAUGCAUUGCGAGUGUUUAUCAACCGCCGAUCAAUUUGGAUUGCGGCGGCUGAUCUGGAACGCAAUCACGGUGAUAAAGAGGCUCUCUGGCAGGUCCUCGAGAAAGCUGUCGAGGCGUGCCCCCAGAGCGAAGAACUCUGGUUGCAGCUUGCUAAAGAAAAGUGGCAGUCUGGAGAGAUCGAUGAUGCGCGCCGAGUACUCGGCCGUGCCUUCAACCAGAAUCCCAACAAUGAAGACAUUUGGCUUGCGGCUGUCAAGCUCGAAGCAGAUGCCAAGCAAACCGACCAAGCAAGAGAAUUACUGGCCACUGCUCGCCGCGAGGCCGGCACAGAUCGCGUGUGGAUCAAGAGUGUUGCUUUCGAGCGGCAAUUAGGCAACAUCGACGAUGCCCUGGAUCUCGUCAACCAAGGCUUGCAGCUCUACCCCAAGGCCGAUAAGCUCUGGAUGAUGAAAGGCCAGAUCUACGAGGUUCAAAACAAGUUCCCACAAGCCCGAGAAGCAUAUGGUACAGGUACCCGUGCUUGCUCUAAGUCUGUGGCGCUGUGGCUUCUAGCCUCGCGACUAGAGGAAAAGGCCGGCGCCGUUGUCCGUGCUCGAUCUGUUCUGGAUCGCGCUCGCUUAGCCGUGCCCAAGAGUGCCGAACUCUGGACAGAAAGUGUUCGCGUGGAACGACGUGCAAACAAUAUUGGUCAGGCCAAGGUUCUCAUGGCGAAGGCGCUGCAAGAGGUCCCGGCUUCUGGCCUGCUCUGGAGCGAGAGUAUCUGGCAUCUUGAGCCCCGUGCUCAACGCAAGGCUCGCAGUUUGGAGGCUAUUAAGAAGGUGGAUAAUGACCCGAUCUUGUUUAUCACUGUGGCACGCAUUUUCUGGGGUGAGCGACGACUGGAGAAGGCGAUGACCUGGUUCGAAAAGGCCAUUGUCUCUGAUAGUGACUAUGGUGAUGGUUGGGCUUGGUACUACAAGUUCUUGAUGCAGCACGGUACAGAGGAAAAACGAUCCGACGUCGUUUCCAAAUGUGUCUCGACCGAACCCAAACACGGCGAGGUGUGGCAGUCGAUUUCCAAAGACCCAGCUAAUGCGCACACGCCAACGGACGAGAUAUUAAAAAUCGUUGCUAAUACGAUCAAUUGA